GAGAGAGAGAGAGAGAGAGAGAGAGAGAGAGAGAGAGAGAGAGAGAGAGAGAGUGAGCCCGUCUGAAAGAGGGAUACAGAGAGCCCAGUGAGAGACAGCUUCUGCAAGCCAGUAAAGAAGGGAAAGAGAGAGCAAGCUAUAGAGAGACAAUCAGAGAGAAAUAAAGUAUAGAAAGAGGGGUCAACAGCUGCUGCACCAGUGAGAAGUCUUAGUGUGUGUGUUAGGUUCCAGAGUGAGUGUGUGUUUAUGAGUGUGUGUUGGGAGCAGCGGACGGCAUGCUUGCUCCAUGAAGAAGGAAAUGUAUCCGACUGACUGAGAGAAUGUGAGGAAGUGUGGGGGAAUUCUGCAGGCUGAGGGAAGGGAAUACUGCGAUCGGAAUACUCUGCUCCUGGUGGAUAUGCAGACUUUCCUGGACUGUUGUUUAAUUUUCAAACCAUUUACUCCUCUUCAGGGGUUUAAACUCAUCUGUUCUUUUUGCUGAAGGAAAAUCAAGCCAUUAUGCCAACUGACGAUUACACGGAUGCCCUCCCUCCUCUGCCGGAGAUUCCGGACGCCGACUCAGUCCUGAGCUCCGUGGGCGUUCCAGGUCGCUUCCGCCACUCCGACAUCCGCCACGCCCCCCUACGCUACUGCUCUGCCCACAGCAUGGACUCCUCCCCCGACAGCGGCGAGCGUCCAAUCAGCUAUGGCUCCACCUCUUCCUCUGCCUCCUCCCGGGACAGCCACUGCUCACUGGGCAGCCGCUCCACCUUAAGUCCCUCCCCUCACUGUCAUCCCGCUUCGGACCGUGACCUGGACUCCGGGGCGAUCCGGUUGGAGCUGGUUCCAGCCAGGCAGCUGGGAUGUGGGGAUGAGGAGGAGAGGAAGGAUGGAGGGACAGAGACAGGGAGGGGGAUGGUUAAACAGGGGUCUGCCCAGACCCCACAGUCAGACACAGAGGCUGGGGAGAGGAGCACCCCGGGGCCCAGGGUGCAGUAUGUGGACAGGGUGGUUCAGGAGAUACUGGACACUGAAAGUACCUAUGUACAGGACCUGCGCAGCAUUGUACAGGAUUACCUCGAGUGUAUCAGUAACCAGUCUCGUCUGGCACUGAGCUCAGAGGAGAGAGGCUCUCUAUUCGGGAACAUCCGCGACAUCUACCACUUCAACAGAGAUCUGCUACAUGACCUGGAGAAGUGUAAUUCAGACCCUGUGGCCAUCGCAGAGUGCUUCGUAUCAAAGAGUGAAGAGUUCCACAUUUACACUCAGUAUUGCACCAAUUACCCAAGGUCGGUGGCUGUGUUGACUGAGUGUAUGAGGAAUAAGGCAUUGGCCAAGUUUUUCCGGGAGCGUCAGGAAUCUUUGAGACACUCCCUGCCUCUGGGCUCCUACCUGCUCAAGCCAGUGCAGAGGAUCCUCAAGUACCACCUACUGUUACACGAGAUAGCCAACCACCUGGAGAAGGACACAGAGACGUAUGAGGUGGUGCAGGAGGCCAUAGACACCAUGCAGAGAGUGGCCUGGCACAUCAACGACAUGAAAAGGAAACAUGAACAUGCCGUCAGGCUGCAGGAAAUCCAGAGUCUGCUGACCAACUGGAAGGGGCCUGAUCUGAUUGGCUACGGGGAGCUGGUUCUGGAGGGGACGUUCCGUCUGCAACGAGCCAAGAACGAGCGCACGCUCUUCCUGUUCGACAAACUGCUGCUGGUCACCAAGAAACGUGAGGAGGCCUACACCUACAAGGCCCACAUCCUGUGUUGUAACCUGAUGUUGGUGGAAGUCAUUCCAAAAGAGCCACUCAGCUUCAGUGUGUUCCACUACAAGAACCCCAAACUACAGCACACCGUACAGGCCAAAUCCCAGCAGGACAAACGCAUGUGGAUCCUGCAUCUGAAGAAACUCAUACUUGAAAACCACCCGGCUAAAAUCCCAGCCAAGGCCAAGCAGGCCAUUUUGGAGAUGGAUGCUAUGCACCACCCAGGGUUCCACUACAGUCCCGACGGGGACAAGAGGAGCCCCCACACCAUGGAGGGCCCCUCCCCUCGACGGGUCCACAGGAAGUCAGAGCCUCUGUCCAAGUUACUAAAGAACGCUAAACAUGGUGCCAAGGAAGAUGGCUCAAAGCGGAUGAGUCUGGGUGCCACCCUGCUCUCACCUGUGUCCCAGUUGGCUCUGGGCACUAUUGGCCGCAGCCACAGCCUGGUCAACCAAUCACAGAAGUCCCUGGACCCAGGCGACCAUUUUGACCAUAGCGACAGGGAGGAUGGGGAGGAGCCACAUCAGCAGGACGCCGACGAUGAGGAUGACAGCGGCCUGGGUGGGGGAAAGAGACUGCGAGUCCCAGGGAAGUCUAGCAGGAAGAGGUUGAACCAACAGGCGUCUAUAGACAGCAGCUUCAACCAAUGGAAGACCUUCAACAUGAGCACCUCAGACCUACAGAGGGCUAAGGAAGGUCACCACCCUCCUCUCCUCAGGACACCCUGUGUGACAGAGGAACCUCCGGAACCCCACGUCCCCUCCAUGCUGGUCCCAGACAGUGACCCCCAGACGGUGGGGAACAUCUGGGCGGACCACCGCGUCCGCAGAGCCAUGUUCCCCACACGCCAGUGCACCAUGAACCCCGACGAGGAGGACGAGGACAUCUACCAGAUGUUUGUCCCCACCGAGCCCGGCGGGCCAGAACCACCUCCUGUUAGGUCAGAGGUCACGUCAUCUCCCAGCAGGACCCAGGGGCGACCGUGCAGCUGGCAUGUGGAGCAGGUGCCCUUAGUGCAGAUCGACCCCCCAUCCACCGAGGACAGCAGAGUGCUGCGGAGAGCCAGCAGCGUGGGGGAGAAACAGACUGGCGCCCGACAGAGCCCCCCUGAUCAGGAUGACAACCAGGAAGGGAUGAUCCACACCGAAUCCUCCAGCAACGACAUCUCGGCUUCGUCGUCGGCCGAGCAGCUGACGAUAGACGACAUUGAGAAUGUUUACGAUAACAUCAGCUAUGAGGACCUGAAGAGCAUGGGGCUGAUCAGGAGGGAGCAGGAGGGUUGGGGGGCCCAGAGAGAGGCCCCUAGACACACACAGGUUCCUGGGGCCCUAAACACCGGGGUGACAGGGGGUAUUACAGAGCCUCUCAUCGAGCCAGACAGCUUGUCUGACAGUAACCGCUCCUCCACCGCCCAGGAAGGGGCGCCAUUUGGGACGUGUGAGCUGAAGAUCAUGGAAGAGGAGAACAUAUAUGACACUAUCUGCUUCAGGGAGCCCCCAGCGAAGGGUGACAGGGACGGGGACAAAAAGGCACAGGAGAAGGACAGUCUGUUGCAGUCUGCCUCUGAGACUGACCUGAUGGGCUGUGAGGGACUUGGGGGCUUCAUGUCCGAGGAAAGCCUCCAUUUUGGAGAGGAUGAAGGGAUGGAGGAUAACUCUCAUCCUGUCCACGGCACCUCCGAACCGCACUACUCCUCCUCAUCUGCCUCGAAAACAUUCUCCCAACGUUCCCACACCGGCGACCAGAUGUCGGAGCAGGUGGACGAGAUCUGGAACGAUUUGGAAAACUACAUCAAGAAGAAUGAGAAGAAAGUGGAACGCCUUCCCGCUGCGUUUCCCGUGAGCACCAGCGAGGCCUCCAAGACCUCAUCUGUCAAGAGUAGCCCCAAAAAGAACAACCCACAUACAGCCAGCCCCCAAACACGCAGCCCCCAAACACGCAGCCCCCCUACCAAGAGACCCAUAGCCCGCCAUCCCAACCCUCCCACUGUGACCCCCCCUCACCAAUUCACCAUCCCCAUCCUCAACAUCCCAGAGCUGCUCAGAGAGGGUACCUUUGAAGACGAGGACCAUUACCCCUCUCACUCUCCCCUCACUCCCCCGUCCCUCCCCCUGCCGGCAAUCCCAGACCCCGCCCCUCCCGGGACAGUCAAGAGCAUCCGUAACAAACUGGCCCGCCUCAGCAGUGGGAGCUUCCGUCUGGAGGAUGAUGAUGAGCUGGGGGAGCUGCCCCAAAGGGAACUCAGCCAGAGGGACCUCCACAGCCUGUUCCCUGGGGAGCUGGGUUUGGACUCCCCCUUGGCUUCCUCCUCUCUCCUUCUGGGUGACUCAGUGGACAGCUUCUCCCAGGAGCUCAUGGACAAGACCAAGAACCGUGUGUUCCUGAUGGCUCGCCAGUACAGCCAGAAGAUCAAGAAGGCCAACCAGCUGCUCCGCAUGAAGAGCAUGGACCUCAGCGACAUGUCAGGAGGACGUAACAGAGAGGAGAAGAAGCAGCAGAAAGACCUGGAAAAGAAGCAGAAUGACCUGGCAGCCAUUUUGGAGGAGAAGAAGCAAGGUGGUGCUGCCAUAGGCGCGAGGAUAGCUGAGUACUCCCAGCUGUAUGACCAGGUGAUGUUUAAAGACCCUCCAGGUCAGGGCUCCAGCAACCUGGGCCCUCCUGGCUCCCACUAUGCCCACCCAGGGCUACCCUCUUCCCAAUCCCUGCCUGAGUCCUGCUCCUCCCUGGGGCUGGAAGACGACUGGCUCCACUCAACCUACAGCAACAGGGAGCUGACCAGCUUUGUGUCAGAGAUGCGAUCCUCCACCCCCAAGAGCAAGUUCACCCCUGCCUGCUCCAUCCCCGCCCUAAAGACCCUACCUCCCUCUCCGGAGACCCCACCCACCCAGCGGUGGAGCUCUUGUGUCUCCGCCCCCAGCGAGAAAGAGGAGCAUGUGUACAGUUAUAUUAAACGACACACCUCCUUUAACUCCCCCUCAUCUUCCUCCUCCUCCUCUAAACCACCUCCUUACAGCCGCUGCCAGUCUAUCUGCUCACUGGGCGACCUGCAGGAGAAGGAGAAUGACCGUGCUGGGUCCAAGCGUGGUCCGACUGCUGUCCAGAGAUCCUCAGAGAGACUCCAUGGCCCCAGCAGUCUGGUCCGGGCCGGUCGGCAGAGCAGCCUCCCGGAGCGGUCCAGCUUCGGUCACGGUCACUCUGACCUCACCCUGCAGGACAGUCAGCAGGUGGUGGUCCUGAACCGCGCCUCCGCACUGAGCGUGCUCACAGCCACCCAGAACUACAUGGCCAACUUCAAGGACAAUGGCGACGAUGACGACGAUGAUUACGUAGAGAUCCGCUCUGAGAACGAGAGCAAGCAGGAUCAGGACUGCUCCAGGCAGCGUAACAGCGGUGGUGGUGGUGGUAUUUCCAGGGGACCAGCCCAGAGCCAGACCCAGAGUCUGCCCUGCACUCCGGUGAGGUCCUCCUGUGGGCUGAUGGACCGGGAGUGUCUGCAGGAGUACCUGUGGGCGGAGCAGCAGACGCAGCAGAACCAGUCCAACAUUGUCCAAUCACUCAGAGAGAAGUUCCAAUGCCUCAGCUCCAGUAGCUUUGCCUGAGUCGCCUUGACUACCCUUAACACACCACCAUGUGAACAUACUAGUGUAUGUAGCGCAAGCAGUUCUGUAGCUUUGCCUGUCUCAUCAUGACAACAAAUAACAGUCCAGUAUACACAAAAGACAACAAAGGACAUGAUUUCCUUCUACACACAACACGUCUAGAGUUAUUAUAACAAGGAAUGACACGCUAAAUGCUAAAUUCAGCACACUACUGUACACACACAUUACACACUACACACAACAAAGGUAUGUAGCUUUGUCAGAGUCUUCAGGACAACAUGAAAUAGUCAUAUGCAUCUUUGCCUGGCUCACAGUUACAUUUCACACACAACGUGCAAUACUGCAGCUUCGCCAAAGUCACAUGUUCAAAUUUCAACAUAUCACAAAACAACAUGCCAAAUACUGCAUCUGAGUAGUCAUGGUAUCAUACAUGUACAGGAGCAUACUAGUACUACAGAGGCACUCCACCACCACAGCACUUCCUUACAGCCUUCCAUGUCAAGUAAAUUGACGUCCAUAUAUAUUUUAGAUAAGUUGAAAAAUAACUAUGAAACGGUCAAAGUUAUCAUUCUAGCAAACUGUGGAUGAUAUUGCUGAGUCCAUCAGGGUGUGGCAAGGGGCUCAGAGUGCAUGGGCUUAAGGUUCAAAGGGAAGCAUACAGGUUAUCUUUUAGAGAUGUUGGAAAUGAUUUUACAUUUUAGUAAUUUAGCAGACGCUCUUAUCCAGAGCGACUUACAGUUAGUGAGUGCAUAAUUUUUAUU